AUGAAGACAGAAAAUGAUGCUGUUUCUUCAGCUGCUAAAAUUGGCUCAGCAGUCUUCUAUGCGCUCGCCUCUGUUCUUAUCACCACUGUGAACAAAUCCGUUCUGACGAGCUACAAGUUCCCCUCUGCCAACAUCCUUUCCCUCGGUCAGAUGGCAUGCACAAUCGUUGUGCUUUUCAUCGCCAAGCUUUUUGGGUUCAUUUCCUUCCCUCGUCUUUCCAGGGACUUGCCCCGGCGGGUCUUUCCUUUGCCGCUUUUUACAUUGGCAAAUAGUCUUCUUGGACUGAACGCGACUCAAGCUCUUUCAAUUCCCAUGUUUACUGUUCUAAGAAGAUUCAGCAUCCUAAUGACGAUGAUUCUCGAAUUCUACAUGUUGAAAACAAAGCCUAAUCGAUUCGUCGUCCUUUCCGUCUUCAUCAUGAUCUUCGGAGCGCUAAUAGCCGCCGCCAAUGACCUUGCCUUCGACCUUCUCUCGUACGCCUUCAUUUUCGGCAACAACUUGACCACCGCUGCAAAUGGCGUUUAUACAAAAAUGUUUUUGAACAAAAAGGAUCUCGGGAAAUAUGGCUUGUUGUUCUAUAACGCGCUUUUUGGUUUUCCCUUGGUGGCCCUUUUAUGCCAUCAAAUUGGACACAUCGAUAAGGCGCUAGAAUUCGACGGCUGGUCUAAUCCAAUGUUCUGUCUUCAAUUUGUGAUGAGCUGUAUGAUGGGUUUGGUGCUGAAUUUUGCCGUGGUGCUUUGUACUCAGUUCAAUACUUCUUUGACCACAACCGUCGUCGGCUGCCUGAAAAACAUCAGCAUCGCGUACUAUGGCAUGCUCUACUUUCCUGACUAUGUGUUCUCGAUGCUCAACUUCGUCGGGAUCAACAUUUCCAUCCUCGGUUCCCUGCUCUAUAGCUACGUGGCGUUUAAAACUGAUAAGAAAACUUUACCGACGCACGCUCGGACUACCAAAGCAUGA